AUGCCUCAAUUGAUCGAUGAAACUGAUAUAUUAAAAAAUAUUACAUCAUUAUUAGCAAAUCCUAAAGAUUUCGGUCUUAUCAAAAAACCUGUAUUCCCUCUAGUUGAAAGUCAACUUGAACAACUUAUAGCUUAUAUUGAAACCAAUAUGAGUACCGAAUAUUUUGGUUUGGAGCUAGAUAUAUUAAUCUUAUCAAAAUCUUUUUAA